CUCAGGAUGCCAGAGCCAGCGAAGUCCACCUCUGCCCCUAAAAAGGGCUCCAAGAAAGCUGUGACAAAGACCCAGAAGAAAGGCGAUAAGAAGCGGCACAAGAGCAGGAAAGAGAGCUACUCCAUCUAUGUCUACAAGGUCCUGAAGCAGGUCCACCCUGACACCGGCAUCUCCUCCAAAGCCAUGGGUAUCAUGAACUCUUUCGUCAACGACAUCUUUGAGCGCAUUGCUGGAGAAGCAUCCCGCCUGGCCCAUUACAACAAGCGCUCCACCAUCACCUCCCGGGAGAUCCAGACAGCUGUGCGCCUGCUGCUCCCAGGAGAAUUGGCCAAGCACGCUGUCUCAGAGGGCACCAAAGCUGUCACCAAGUACACAAGCUCCAAGUAG